UUUGAGUCGGAGAGCAGCACCUACACCUACGUGCUCGCAGACGCUGAAACCAAGGAGGCUGUCGUCAUCGACCCCGUUCUGGAGACGCUCGACAGGGACCUGAAGCUCAUACGUGAACUGGGGCUCGACUUGAAAGUGGCAGUUAACACCCACUGCCAUGCGGACCACAUCACAAGCACUGGCCUGAUGAAGAAAAGACUGGCCGGCCUGAAGAGCGCCAUCUCCAAAUUCAGUGGUGCUGCUGCAGACAUCCUCCUGUCAGAGGGAGACAGAAUCCUCUUUGGAAAACAUUAUCUGACAGUGAGACAGACACCUGGACACACUGACGGCUGCUUGACGCUUGUGUUGGAGGAUCAGAGCAUGGCAUUCACUGGGGACGCUCUCCUUAUCAGAGGCUGUGGCAGGACAGACUUCCAGCAGGGCAGCCCUGAGAGGCUCUACGAGUCGGUCCAUCAGAAGAUCUUCACCCUGCCUGACCAGUGCCUCAUCUACCCAGCGCACGACUACUUAGGUCAGACGGUAUCUACAGUUGGUGAGGAGCGAAAGUUUAACCCACGCUUGACAAAGAACCUCGAGGAGUUUGUGAACAUCAUGAACAACCUGAAUCUCCGGAAGCCUGCAAAAAUAGAUAUUGCAGUUCCUGCUAAUCUGGUUUGUGGGUUACAUGACCUUUGAAUGUGCUGCAAAAAGGAGGUUUUUAAUCAAAUCAUCUACAUCAUAGCAAAAUAAUCAGGAUUUACAUAUCUGUAAUUAGCAGGAGUAACCAAAAUCUGAGGUUUAAGAGCUUUUUUUUGUGUCUAUGUAUAUAAAAAUAAAGAUUUAUGUUUUAAGAGCUAUUGUUUAUUGUAAAUUGACCAAAUUUGUCUUUUAACAACCACUCAAAGCUGGAAUUUAACCACAGUCCCUCCGAUUAGUGGAUUAUUCUCCUGAGCCUUAUUUGUAGUGCAGCUACCAACAUCAUUGUGAUCACACUCGAAAAUAAAAAUGCCAUAAGUUCAGUUUUAACUGUUAAAAUGAAUCCUACAAAUCUGCAGAAGAGGAAGAAUCACUAUUAAAUUUAUUUUGGAUUUAA